AUGGCCCCCCCGAUGGGCCGCCGCCUCCUCUCCUCGGCGUCCUUCGGGGAGGUCCGCUCGGAGGCCGACGACUGCGAGAUCGACUGGCCCUUCGGUGGACUCGACGCCGUCGACCGCGACGAGCUCCGCGAGACCGCCUACGAGAUCUUCUUCACCUCCUGCCGCUCCGCUCCCGGCUUCGCCGGCCGCUCCGCCCUCAACCUCUCCCCGGCCGAGGAGGGGGCGGCCGCGGGGUCCAAGCCGGAGAAGGCGGCGGCCGGUGGAGGAGGGACCCAGAUGGUGGUUAAAAGCCGGAUCAAGCGCACGCUGGGUCUCCGGACGAGGCGGGUGAGGGCCAUGACCCAGAUGGGCUCCGCGGCGGCAGGCGGAGGAGGAGGAGGGAGUACCGCCUCGCCGGUCAAGGUCAAGCGUCCCAUGACAUCGGCCGAGAUCAUGCGCCAGCAAAUGGGCGUCACCGAGCAAAACGACAAUCGCCUCCGGAAAACCCUAACGCGAAGCCUCGUUGCUCAGAUGAACAAAAAAGUGGAGACGAUCGUCCUCCCUCUGGAGCUCCUCCGCCAUCUCAAACCCUCUGAAUUCAAUGAUGCGCAUGAAUACCACCAGUGGCAGCGUCGGCAGCUCAAGAUCUUGGAAGCAGGCCUCCUCUCGCACCCGUCGGUGCCUCUGGACCAAAAGAAUGCUGCAGCAGUCCGUCUCCGCGAGAUCGUCCGGUCGACCGAGAUCAAGCCCAUCGACACGAGCAAGAACUCCGAGGCGAUGCGGGCCUUGAACAAGUGCGUCGGCGUCUUAGCUUGGCGCAAUCCUAAUAAUUCUCCCAUGGAAGCGUGCCAUUGGGCUGAUGGGUACCCCCUCAACAUUCACAUCUACCUGUCCCUCCUGCGGUCCAUCUUCGAUCUUCGGGAUGAAACCGUGGUCUUGGAUGAAGUCGAUGAGCUGGUCGAGCUGAUGAAGAAGACGUGGGCCACCUUGGGGAUCAAUAGGAUGAUCCACAAUGUGUGCUUCACUUGGGUCCUCUUCGAGCAGUACGUCAUGACCGGACAAGUCGAGCCGGACCUGAUAACUGCGACACUGGCGAUGCUGGUCGAGGUGGCCAAUGACGCAAAGAGGCCUGAUCGGGAGCCUGGCUAUGUCAGGGUCUUGUCUGCUACAUUGGCUUCCAUGCAGGGAUGGGCAGAGAGGAAGCUUCUGGACUAUCACCAAGGGUUCGAGGAUGGUGCCGUGGCGAUGAUGGAGAAUGUGCUGUGCUUGGCUCUCUCCACCGCAAAGAUGAGAACCGAAGACAUUUCGUGCCAUGAGAGUUCACCGAUGCUGGUCGAGCGUCGCAAUAAAGCUCCCAACAAUUCAUUCUCUGGAAACCGGGUUGAUCACUACAUAAAGUCUUCCAUCAAGAAUGCUUUUACCCGGAUAUUUGAGAAUGGGAAUGGGAGAGUCGACAGCAUGAUUGUAGAAGUCGAAGAGGAUCCAAGCGAGAUUCUGCUGCAGCUUAUCAGAGAAACUGAGAACCUGGCCAUGGUGGAGAAAGAGACCUACAGCCCUAUACUGAAGAAGUGGCACCCAGUUCCAACCGCCGUUGCACUGGUGACCCUCCACAACUGCUUCGGCAUCGUGCUGAAGCAGCAUAUUUCAAGGAUCACCACUCUGACCAAUGAGUUGGUUCGGGUCCUCCACACCGCAUCGAAACUAGAAAAGGUGUUGGUUCAGAUGGUUGUCGAGGAUGCUGCGGAUUGCGACGAUGGUGGGAAGGGGAUUAUCAAGGAGAUGACUUCCUAUGAAGUGGACACCAUUAUCUUAAAUCUUAUGAGGGCUUGGAUAGAUGAGAGGUUGAAGAUUGGGAGGCAGUGUGUUAACAGAGCCAAAGAUAACGAGAAUUGGAACCCAAAGUCCAAGGCGGAGCCUUAUGCACAGUCUGCGGUUGAUUUGAUGAAGCUGGCGAAGGUGACUGUGGAGGAGUUCUUCGAGAUCCAAGUUGGGGCGCGCGAUGAAUUGGUCCAGGUCCUUGCCGAUGGUUUGGAAUCCCUGGUUCAGGAGUACACUUCAUUUGUUGCUUCAUGUGGCACAAAGCAAUCCUACGUCCCGGCGCUGCCCCCAUUGACGCGAUGCAACCAGGACUCCGUGCUCUUCCAGUUGUGGAAGAAGGCGGCCGCCCCCUGCCAAGCCGGCAUGGACCCCUGCAUUGUCCCAGUCAAGGCCACUGGCGGCGGCGGUAGCAGCGAGCAACCCAACAAGCCCCGCUCCUCCACGAGCCGCGGCACCCAGCGGCUGUACGUCCGCCUCAACACCCUCCACUACAUCCUCGCCAUCCUCCACUCCAUCGACAAGUCCCUCUCCUUCUUCUCCCGCGCCGGCCACUCCCCCUCCCCCCGCAGAACUCCCCUCGGCAACCACCAGUGCCGACGCCGUAUUAUCGCCCCCACCCACUUUGACCUUGCCCGCACCGCCAUCCAUGCCGCCAUUCUCCAAGUCUCCGAGAUCGCCGCCUACCGCCUCAUCUUUGCCGACUCCGCCAGCAACUUCUACUACUCGCUCUACGCCUACUCCGUCGCCGAGUCUCGCAUCCAGCCCACCCUCCGGGCGCUGAAACAAAACCUUAGCCUCCUCGUGGCCGUGCUCACCGACCGGGCGCAGCCGGGGGCAGUGCGAGAAGUCAUGAAGGCCUGCUUCGAGUGCUUCUUGACUGUUCUGUUAGCUGGUGGGCCUGCUCGGGCGUUCACGAGGUCGGACUACGAGAUGGUGGUGGAAGACUUCGGGAGCUUGAAACAGGUCUUCUGCUCGUCGGGUGAGGGGUUGGUGGCGGAGGAGGUGGUGGAGAAGGAGGCGGCACCGGUGGAGGCGGUGGUGGCGCUGAUGGGGCUGUCGACGGAGCAGCUGGUGGAGGAUUUUAGCAUGAUGGCGCGCAAAGUGGGCUUGGGGGAUGCAGGAGCCCAAAGGAUGCCGAUGCCGCCGACUACCCGGAAAUGGAACCGCUCGGAUCCGAACACGGUGCUGAGGGUGCUGUGCCACCGGGACGACGAUGUCGCCAACCGCUUCUUGAAGAAGACGUUCCAGUUGCCCAAGAGGAGGUGAACCGAUAUACGUCCAUGUUUUUGCACCAGCGCUGAUCAUUCCAGGGAUUGGUCAGUGCAUGAAUUCUAUAAUCCGAACUGGAGCUGACGAACGUCUUUUCCACGUAACGAAGUAGAAUGGAAGGAGAGAUUAAAUGGGAUGAGGGUGCUGUAUUACGUUGGUGUUUCUUUGUGAUGCUCGAUCCUUCUCUUUUUCAUUUUUUUUAAUUUUUAAUUUUUAUUUUUAUUUUAUUUUUUUGAUGCUGUGAUGCUUUAUCCUAAACCGGUUAUAUACUUAUGUUUAGAUUUUUUUUCCUUUCAACAAAAGGAAAAUAAAAGUGUAUAUUGCAGGGUUUGGGUUGC